GAAUAACCGGUGUUGCCGUUUUGCCUGCAUUGCCAAGUGACAUUUUCGCUGUAUGACCUUAACUUCAAACGUAAACUUUAUGUGGAUUUCUUUUUCCGUUUAGCCUUUGUCUAUUCAUGGCUAAUAGCUGUCAUGCUAAAGCCCAAACCUAAGGCUUUUGAUCGGAUUCUGAAGAGGACUUUGAUUUUUGUUUCUUUCCCUUAUUUACUGUACACAUUUUACAAAUUGUAUGAAGUUUACGGUGUUAGACAAAAGGAUAAAGCAGCAAAGAAAUUAAAAGAAAAUGGAGAACCAGAACCACAAGUUUCAAGAACAGAAAGUCUUAGAGACAGAGUUAGCAAGCUUGAAGAAGGGAGCAAAAGUGUACAAGCAGCAGCAAAAUAGUAAUGUCUUCUUCCAGACAAAGGCAGAGGAGGUUAUGAAGGAAUGCAAAAAUACAAUGGAGGGCCUUAUUAAAGAAUACAAGUCUUUAGAGAAGCCAGAGUGUGAAAAUGACACUGAAAAUGAUGAUGCAGAUACAGAGCCCAUACCGGAAGCAGGAAGUUAAUCUUCAAUUAAGGAAGUGGGAAAUCUGAUCACCAUCAAGGAAGAAGAAAAGUUUGUCUAUACAGUCAUUUUGUUGGAAGACCUUGAUUCAAUCUUUGACAUUUUAAUUAAUUACAAUAUAUAUUAUAUUUUGAACUGUGCAUAAAGUAUUGAUUUUAAUGAAUGAACCCUAAAAUGAAUGAAAUAUACAUUUUGUAUUAUAUGAAAUUAAAAUGCCUCAGUUUAUGAGGUUUUCUAAAAAAUUA